AUUACCAAUUUCAUUUACCAAGCUCUUAAAAAGGCAAUGAUAAAGCUCAAAACUUUAUGCUACUGACCAUAAUUUUGUACUGUAUGCCUGAUUUCCCUCUUGUUUUUCUCUGUCAUGUAGACAACUCCAGCAGCCAAAAUCUGAGGUUUUACUUUUGUUCACGGAGAUGGCUAAGUCAGUUGAAAAGACUGUAGCUUUAAGAAAAGGUGCAUGGAGUCCUGAAGAAGAUCGGAAAUUGACUGCUUAUAUUAAGAGAUAUGGGAUUUGGAACUGGGCAGAGAUGGCUAAACCAGCAGGAUUACAAAGGUCAGGGAAGAGUUGCAGACUUCGUUGGGUGAAUUACUUAAGGCCAGGAAUUAAACAUGGGAAUUUCAGUAAGGAAGAAGAGCAAACAAUAAUUGAUUUACAUGAAAAGAUUGGAAACAGAUGGUCAGCAAUUGCAUCAGAAUUGACCGGAAGAACUGAUAAUGAGAUUAAAAACCAUUGGCAUGCUCACUUAAGAAAACGUUUUAAGUACGACCUGAAUUUAUUGCCGGAGGUUGAACCUUGCCAGCUAUCCAAAGCUGAAACAGACCUAAAUAGGUCAUUCAGAAUUGAUCUCCCAGCACACAAUGUUCCUAGACCAUCAAUUUUGGAAAGCUUAGGUUCAAUUUCUACCGACAAUUUUCCUUCAUCUAGCUCAAAUCCUCAGUUCGAAAUCGAAGAAAAGCCAAACAUCAAGGGAUCCUUUGGUUCAUUGGACAACUUCAAAGAAUAAUAGGCCAUUGGUUCAUUGUUUUCAGCAGCAACCAGCUCUCAGAUGGUGUUUGUUCAUGUAUAUACCAGGGUAAUUCCUACAAUGAUGUUUGACACGACUAAAUCUCUUUUUCGAUCUCAAAUUUUUAGCUGCUACACUCAUUUGG